CUCUCUCUCUCUCUCUCUCUCUACGGUAGGCAGUGACGACGAGCCGGGGAAACCGACAAGCGACCAGUUUAGCGAAGGCUCUGCCGUUAGCCGGUCCAUCUUCAGGAAGCUUAGUCCAACUGGCUGCUACAACUACCCAAGGAGGUAGAUAUCAAAUAGAGCAGAAUGCAUCGGUUAGCCUUGUUGGCACUGCUGUUCCUAUGCAGCAAGGUGUCAGCAGAUACACCAGCGAACUGCACCUUUGACGAUGUACAAGGAGAAUGGCUCUUCUACGAAACAGAGAGAACUGGAAAUGCAAAAAUCGACUGUGAUAACAUGGGGCCAAUCAUCCACAAGACGACAGUAAAGCUCAUGUAUCCCAAUGUAGCAGAGGAUGAGUAUGGAAACAGAGGAACCUGGACUAUGAUUUACAACCAAGGCUUUGAAGUCAAAGUUUCUGGCAGAUCUUUCUUCGCAUUCUCCUACUAUGAACAGACUGGAAAUGAAGUUGUUUCUAUGUGUGACAGAACCUUCACUGGCUGGUCUCGAGACAUUACAGUUAGAAACUGGGCAUGUUACAGGGCACAGAAAAAACAACAAGUGUCACCAAAGAUCCAGACUCUGCAACCAACAGAAUACAAAAGUGGAUUAUACAAGUACAACAAGGAAUUUAUCAAAAACAUCAAUGCAGCACAGAACAGCUGGGUGGCAGAUGUGUAUCCUGAAUAUGAACACAUAACUAUGAUGGAUCAUCUAAGACGAGCUGGUGGAAAAGCAUCAAAGAUUCUUGGUAGACCCACUCCAGCUCCAGCAACUUUCGUAACUCGCUUACGUGACCUCUCAUUACCACCAACUUGGGAUUGGCGUAAUGUCUCUGGCAUUAACUAUGUUUCACCCGUUAGAAACCAAGCUAACUGUGGGUCUUGCUAUGCUUUUGCAUCAAUGGCUGCACUUGAAGCCCGAGUAAGGAUACUUACAAACAACCACCAGCAGCCUGUGUUUGCACCUCAAGAUGUUGUAGGAUGCUCAAAGCUUUCUCAGGGUUGUGAUGGAGGUUUUCCAUACUUGAUUGCUGGAAGGUACGCUCAGGAUGUUGGUGUAGUUGAAGAGACAUGCUCACCAUAUGAAGCAAAAGAUGAUGUCUGCCGUACUGACACAAAUUGUGCCAAGCACUAUACAGCAUACUAUCGUUAUGUGGGAGGAUACUAUGGGGCUUGUAAUGAGGAGGAAAUGAAGUUAGCCCUGGUAAAGGGAGGACCAAUGCCUGUGGGGUUGGAAGUAUAUGAUGACUUCCUUCAUUAUAAGGGUGGAAUUUACCAUCAUACUGGUCUCCAGGACAGAUUUAAUCCCCUUGAGCUUACAAAUCAUGCAGUAUUACUCGUUGGAUAUGGUGAAGAUGAAGAAACUGGUGAAAAGUUCUGGAGCAUCAAAAACUCCUGGGGAGAACCUUGGGGAGAAGGAGGAUACUUCAGAAUCCGUCGUGGGGUAGACGAGUGUGCCGUUGAGUCUUUGGGUGUGGAAGUGGUACCAAUACCAUAAAAAUAUUUUUCUAACCAUGAGAGGUAGUCUUUUGACUCAAGCCUUAACUAGUAAGCACAAUUUUUUAAGUCUAUCUUAGCACUGUUUAAGUGAAUUUUCCAUCUUUGAUAAACCAGGCUUUGUGUACUACGUAUUUGUACUAUGUAAGGUGAAUUACUGCUGACUGAAUAAAAUUACUUUUUUAUACAAUGUAGUGCAUUUCUUCCUUUACAGGUUAGAGUUGUACUAAAAGGUCUGUACUGCAAUGAUAUUUAGCUUUGCAGCUUAUCUAUUUUCCAAAUUCAAACAAAAAGACUGAUGUUCUAGUUUUUGUAAUGAGAACAUUUUUUCUAAAUAAAUUAAAAAGGUUAAGAAAAAGUUCUAUAGAACAUAUACUCCUUUCAAUAUGGAAAUAUAUAAUCAGAAAUAUAUUUGAUUUAUAAAUUACAAAGUGUACCCCUUAAUGUAUGACUCAUAUUUGCCAGUUACUAUACAAUGUUGAAAUAAACUAACUUACAGGAUUGUAUCCAUGUAAGAUCAGCACCUACAUUAGCCAUGACAUUUAAUUCUACAGAUUCCUUUGUCUUACAUAUAUUUCCUAAUUACAGUGCAUUUACAUUCUUUUUUAUUGUUUUUCUUAUAUUUGCAUAUUCUCCUUAAUAUUUUCAUUAAUUUUAUCUGGUACCUUUUUUUAAAUUUACAGUAUCUUUCCAAUACCAUUUCAUUAGUCUUACUGUCAUCACUUGAAAACUGAUGUAAUUCAUUACAAGGUCCCUUAGGCAGAUUUCUUGAUUAUCACCUUUUUGGCAGGUUGUUCCCACCUGUAAAAAAAAAUUAUGUACAAGUAGUGUUUGAACUCUAACAGAAAGAUAAGACAUUAAAAUAUACUAAGGCCUACCUAUA